AGAAAUACGAAAAUCACCUGUCGACACUUGGCUAGGGUGCUACUUAUUUAAUGACUCGCAUUUGUAAGUGCCGUUUAGCUCAUCGACUGGAAGAGCCGAGCGCAUUAGAUCGAAGAACAACAAACUGAGAAAAUGUUGAGGACGAUCAGCUCUAUCAGUCUGUGCCUGCUGCUGGGGUUGCUACCAUUUGCUGCAGCCGAUGUUAAUGGCACCAUAUCCCCCAUCAUUGGUGUGCUCGCCCAGGAGACCUAUCCAGAUGGCUUAGUAGCCAAGCACUUCAAUGGCACUAGCUAUAUAGCUGCCUCCUAUGUGAAGUUUGUGGAGGGCGCAGGCGGUCGGGUGGUGCCCAUUGGCAUUGGACACAAUCGCAGCUACUAUGAAGAGCUGCUGAGGAAGAUCAAUGGUCUACUGCUACCUGGCGGCGCGACUUACUUCAAUGAGACAAAUGGCUAUGGCGACGCGGGCGAGCACUUGAUUGCAAUUGCCAAGCAGCUGAAUGAUAAUGGCACUUAUUUCCCGGUGUGGGGCACUUGUCUGGGUAUGGAAUUGCUUGUGUUCAAAAUGGCAAAUAAUACGGAAACGCGCAGUAAUUGCCAAUCUGUAUCACAGGCUCUGGCCCUCGAACUGAAGCAGGACUACAAAGAAAGUCGUUUGUUUGGCGGGGCCAGCGAGGAGGUCAUCUGGCAGUUGAGCAAUGAGAAUGUUACCUAUAACUAUCAUCGCUAUUGCUACACGGAGCAGAGCUUUACUGUACCUAAAUUGAACAACUCGUGGCGCAUCAUGUCCCUAAAUCAUGAUCUGAAUGGCUUUGAGUUUGUGUCCACCAUAGAGCACUUGACUUAUCCCUUCUAUGGCGUACAAUUUCAUCCAGAGAAAUCGCUCUAUGAGUUCGUGAGCAAAGAUGUGCCCCACUCUUCCGCAGCGGUGCACAGUGCACAAUAUUUCGCCGACUUCUUCAUCAACGAGGCCCGUCGCAAUUCCCACAGCUAUGCCAAUACUACAGAGCAGGCGCUUGCACUGAUCUACAACUACAAACCAGAAUAUACUUCGAUUAUCGGCUCUGGCUAUGUGCAGCAAUAUCUAUUCGAAGAUCCAUAUCGCAACGCUGCAGCAACGCAAUUUAGCCGAUUUUAUUUAUAUUUUGCAUUUUGUGGGUUUGCUUUGGCAGCGCUUAUGCAGCUAAUUUAGCAGAGCUCCUGACAUUUAAUUUCUACUUGUCCAUAAAGAUUGUAUAAACAUAAACAAGCAUUUUUCUUU